AUAAUCAACCAGAGCCUAAACAAUGUUCGAAAUUGUUUGCUAAGCUCGAAAGAGGAAAAGCAACAUAUUCAACAUAUGCUCCCAGAAAGAGAAUCCAUACCAAGAACGAUUUUGCUUUGAUUUUUGAAACACAUAACCUUGAGAAUAUCUCCACUGCUGAGUUAGUAGAAACCUUAGCAAUUAAAAUGAGAG